AAUAUCAGUAGGAGUAGGAUCCGUGGAUGAAGAAAGUGAAAAAUGGCAACAUUCUGACUUCUUCCUUCUGCUCUGGCUUCUUGCACCUUGCCCUCCUUGCUCAAAGCUCAACCAAUGAAGAAGAUAUUUGGGGAUUCCAACUCUGCUUCUAGGAACAAUUUCUGAGAAUUUAGGGGAGAACUUGGACCUCUUCUUGUUUUGAGUCAGGAGUGAGAAGAGACAUUCAUCUUCUGACCAGCUAAGCAAACCGUGGUUCCUUUUUCCUGAUACCAGACAUGAGUACAGGCCCAGGGCUGAAUGUCUUGAAGGUUUUCUUGGGAUUCGGGGUGAUCUUCAUGACUGGGGUGAUCUGCCGGCUCUUUGUUUACCAGCCCUCCAUCCCUGCUCUCUGCCCUCCAAGACUCCAAGUGCUGUCCUCCGUCCCUUCCCCUCUCAAGCCCCUUCCCCCAGAACUCUCUAAUCUCAAGGACCUCCUCUACUGGCCUGACACCCCCGAUGUCCAGGGUGAUUUUGCUGCCUCCACUAGCCCCAAGACAUCCACCUUCCACCUCAAGGAGCCCCCCAGGCCUUAUUACGAACUGAAAGGGAAAUUGGAAGCUGUGCUGGUAGCCCGGGAUCACCACAGAAGGCCCAAAGCCCACGGCGGAGACCUUUUCCGGGCCCGACUGCACUCCCCGGGCCUAAAGGCCGGGGUCGCCGGGGUUGUGCAGGACUUGGAAAAUGGUACCUACCUGCUCUCCUUCCCCCUGCUCUGGGCUGGAGAAGCCCAAGUAGAGGUGAGGCUCAUCCACUCCAGCGAGGCGGUCGGAGUCCUGCGCCGGGUCUGGCUGGAAAACCAGGCCACGGUGGACUUCCGGGGCUACUACCGGGUGAACGGGCACAAGGAGACGGUGGUCUGCAACGUGAUACCCCCGCCGGGACCCGUUUGCCGCUACAGAAACCGGUUUUCGGGGGAGGACUGGUUCUGUGCACAACCCCGGGACCUUCCCUGCGAUGCCCUGGUGGGACAUUCCAGCGGCAGUUACCUGAAGGUGACCACAGCCCAUGAAGAGGAACUGCUUGGCCAGAAAGUGACAAACCAGGUCCUUCCUAAAGGAAUCCCCCCCAUCUUGGUAAACACGACUGUCGAGAACACCACUCUUGCUUUGCCCUCCCGCUCUCCUUGCACGCCUGGACUUCCCUCCCCGGUGCCAACAGGGUUCUACCAUAAGGACGUGUGGCAUUCUCAAGUCUGUAACGGACGCACCUUCCCUUCUGCUGACCUCAUCCUAGACUGUCUACAAAAGAAGAUUGUCCAUAUGAUGGGCGACUCUACCCUGCGACAGUGGUGGGAGUAUCUACGGGAGGUGGUACCCUCCCUGAAAGCCAUUGACCUCCACGUCCCGUACUCCACCGGACCCCUGCUGGCUAUAGAGCCCACCCGAGGUGUCGUCCUACAGUGGCGAGUUCACGGCUGGCCCGUCCGCACCGUCCAAACCCCCGUGGCUUCGCUCCACUCAAUGGUGCAAGAGCUGGAGGGGAUCGCCGGGGGACCGGACACUGUGGUCCUAUUUGGGCUCGGGGCCCACUUCACCACCUUCCCUCCCCAGAUCUUCGCUCAGCGGUUGGCCAGCCUCCACGCCACGGUAAAAUCCCUGCUGGCCCGCAGCCCUCAGACCCUGGUGGUGGUCAAAGUCGCCAACACCGGCUACAAGUCCGUGUACGGAAGCGACUGGUUCACCCUGCAGCUCAACCGGCUACUGAAGGCCACUUUCUCCGGCCUCCCGGUGGCCCUGUUGGAUGCUUGGGACAUGACGUCCUGUCACUACCUUCCGGACAACAUUCACCCGGGGCGGGUCAUCGUCCGCAACGAGGUGGACCUCUUCCUGUCUUUCGUCUGUCCCCGUUAGCUUCUUGUCACAGGGAAACAGCACUUUUUCCCCCAGAGGAUUCUGGAAAAACACAAUGAUGAAGUGGGAAGCAGCGUGGCCUGGGAAAGUAGCAUGAUCUAGCGGAUAGA